AUGAAGGUUGCAAAAGCGUGCAGACAGUGCCGCGAAAGCAAGCGCAAGUGCACCAGCGCUUCCGACGCACAUUGCUGCACCCCUUGCCAGCGCAAGCAGCUACCCUGCAGUCUUGCAGGAAACCGCAGCCGCCAGCGUGCACCCAUCCUACCGCAGCCCCCAUUGCCAGCAUCGCCAUCUCCGGCAGAACCGCUUGAUGGUCAUGUUUCCCCGUCCCAAACCGCCAUCUGCGAGCUGGUGGACCUCUACAUCACGCUCAUCCAUGACAAGCCCCACUCGCUUUUCCACGAGCCGACAAUUCGACAAGCCGCCAGUGCUGGAUCCAUCUCUAACCAAGUCCUUUGCGGCAUUUCUGCUUUAUUCCAUGAAAACCCCGCAAUCCGAGCCCAGGGUACGGCAUUUGCUCAGGAGGCCAAGCGAUUGCUGAAGGAAGACGUCGAGAACAUCUGCAUCGCCAAUGUUCAAGCGUGCAUCCUUGUGGCCAAUGUCUGCGGCGCCAACAAUGAAGCGACCUCAGAGGCGCUGUUCUUUGGCAUCGCCAUUCGAAUGGCUCAGAUCUUGUCCCUUCCCCAAUCAAGUGCCGCAGAGACUGCCAUAGACCAGGAAGUCAAACGCCGCGUGUAUUGGACCCUUUACAUGGUAGACCGCUGGAACUCUGCCGGCCUGGGACUGAACAGACAGCUCCCAGAUGCGCUGAAAUACCCCAUGCCGGUGCAUGAGCUGCAGUUUCACCAACCGCACUUCUGCUACCGUGCAGAUGCGAAGCCCGGAUUAUGGGCAUACUUCAUCAACCUGGCCAGCAUCUUCGGCGAGAUCCAGGAUCUGCACAGCCGACACGUCAGCGGCGAGCUGGAAGACUCCCACUUUGAAGAGCAAGCCCAAGCCCUGGCCGCCCGACUCGAGCAGUUCGCUGAGGGGCUGCCCACCGAGCUACGCUUGAACGUCGACAACCUUCGCUGGCACGCCGACCGGGGCAUCGGCCGCACUUUUGUGGCUCUACACUUGGGCUUCCACCACUACUCGACCCUCAUCCACUUCCAGUACCUCGACAUACAGCUUCCCCGCUCCCCGACACAGCGGCUCUUCGCAAGCCGCUGCAAACACCAUGCCAAUACCUACAGCGAUCUCCUCAAACUCUCGACCGAGAUGCCCAACUGCGAUGCCGUUUACAACAUCGUCGGCCACAUGACGGUUGUGUCGUCGAGCGUGCUGUUGCACAUCCUCUUCUUCGGCGACGAGGAAGAGUUGGCCAUGACUCGGCAGCGGCUCGAGCAAAACUUUCAGCUUCUCAUCAAGCUCCGGGGCUACUGGCCCAGCGUCCACGGCAUGAUGGAUCGCCUCUUCACCUUCCAAAAGGCCUGCAUGUGGACCGCCGACCCGAACACGCACAAAAUCGACAAGUGGAUGCUGAAGUUCCUCCUGCAGCACGCCCUCCCAAUCGAAGACAAGGUGGACGAAUCCCCCGCAGCGUCCAGACCAUCCGCCUCUGCCGUUACACCCGUCGUUUCCGACAUCUCCUCCGAGCGCGGCCAGUAUGCCACGAACGCGCUGUCCAUGCUUCGGCAGUGA